ACUUAAGCUUCACGAUUAGUUUGGACUUUGGAUCAUGAUCCAAUUUGACAUUUGUCGCCAUGUGAAUAUCACCAUAUUUUUGGGUGGGAAAAAUUGUCAGAAUAAGGUGUUAAAAGUGACACUAUAGAAAACCGAAACUAAUUUUUACGAAUCUUGGUUGCCAAGGACUCCAAUAUGAAUCAAAUUCUCAAGUGUGUUAUAUUUAUUGCUGUUUUUAAUAGGAAAGCGCAGUGUAUCGAUCCGAUAUUGUUUUGAUAUCUGCAGUUCAGGAUAUCUGCAGUUCAGUUGACUGAUAGUUUUGCGAUAGUCUGCCAAUAUUCGAAUGUAUUGUGUGAUUUAUUUUUUAAUAACGAGAGUGUAGAAAUAUUUUGACAUGGGCACAAACAAACUCAUCUCAUCCUCAGUGAGGGGAAAAUCUGACUCAGAUUUUUUAAGUGGAAACAUGCUUAAUCAGGUUUAAACUGACCUGCUUCCCUAGCACUGAGGUUAACUUGGUUAAACAUUUUUUGAAUUGGGAAACUAAAUUAGGUUGAAGUUAAGGAGGACACCAAUGGAGGACAAUGAUAUUUAAUAAUUACAAUGUCCUUGAGUUGUAUGUAAGCUGAUUGAUAACCUACAAAAUGAAGUUGAUCAGUUAUCAACCAUAUAUGACAGGAGUGAAUGGUGAUCGAAGCAUUGGGACUACGUGCUGCUGCCAGCUCUGGGCAGAAUUUAUGAUGAGCUCAGCAAUUUGUACUCAAAAUUUUGGCAACUGUUGCUUAAAUCCAUGAUAAGUUGGGCAAUUCUUGCUGAAAUGAUUUGUGUACCUCCCCCCAUAUAUUUCUUCCUGUUGGUCGUCCUGCAUCUUGAUCUGUUUAACUCUAGGCAUUUCACUCACUGAGGUUAAUAAAUCACAACCAAUUUGUUUAGGACCAUGGAUACUUUUGUAUCAGAUAUCAAAGGAUAUUACAACCAGUUUGACAGCACAAGUGAUCCCAGAACUCAAGGUUGGUUUCUAGUUCCAUCUAUCUACAGUCCCCUUUCAGCAUGCCUUUUAUAUAUUUUGGUUGUUCAACUUGGACCGCGAUUCAUGGAUAAGCGACAACCACUUGAGCUUAGAAUCCCAAUGGCCUUGUAUAACUUUGGAGCAACUGCUUUAAACUUUUAUUGCUGUUCAGAGCUUCUAAUUGGCGCGUGGAAAGCUGGCUAUCGUUAUGUAUGCAACAGAGUGAUAAUUUCAACCGAACCGGAGCAUAUGAGGAUCGCGAAUGCUAUUUGGUGGUUUUAUUUGUCAAAGUACUAUGAAAUGUUGGAUACGGUUUUUUUCAUCCUUCGAAAGAAGAACAGCCAGAUUACUUUCCUUCAUGUUUAUCAUCACAUGUCAAUAUUAGCACUGUGGUGGAUUGGCAUUAAAUGGGUUCCUGGUGGUACUGCUUUUUAUAGUUCUAUGAUCAAUUCUUUCGUCCAUGUUGUGAUGUAUACCUAUUACGGUCUGAGUGUAUUUCCUUCAAUCCGAAGUUACUUAUGGUGGAAACGGUACCUCACGCAACUUCAGCUGUUUCAGUUUGUGUCUUACGUCGUGCAAGCAGUCUUAGCUCUAUAUGAUGAUUGCGGUUUUCCUCGGUGGGUGAGCUAUGGUAUGAUGCUCUAUAUGGUCACCAUGAUAUCGCUGUUUGGAAACUUUUACCUGAAAGCGUACCGUAGCGGAAAAGACAAACAAAAAGCGAAGGCCAUUCAGUCCGAGAGUGUUCCCAAUGGAACGCGGGAGAAAGUUGAUUAACAAUCCAAAAAACCGAAAAGAUGACCCCAGUGCAAGGCAUGCUGGUAAAUUAGCUACAUGUUUAUUAGCUACAUUAGGACACGAUAUGAGUAUUGGAAAAAAUGUGUGCAAGUUAAUAUUGUAAACAAGGUUUUUGGCUAUUUUUGCAAAACACGCGAUAAGAAACUAAGAAUAGUUGUCGACAUUUUCCGCUGCCGUAUUUACUGAUCAAAUAAAAAUUUUGUAAAUCGGCUGCCUAAUUAAUGGCCUAUUUGACUUACGAAAUAUUGCUGAAUCAAAUGCAACAAAAUGUUUUUUUAGGUCUACAUACAUAGUCGAGUCGAGAUAUUUAUAUGUUUCUAUGAACUUCAGUGUACAUUUUUAGCCGUGGCGGAAAAGCGGAAAGCUAUAUAUAACCUGUCAACGUUUUGUACAGCCUCGUUUCAUACACAAUGGCAAAUGAUAUAAACACAUUAAAUAUAGUGCACAAUGUAUUUAUAUUUGGACAACUCUUCUGAGCGCUGAUUGGCUAAACAAUGAGCGCGAGAUCACCUGGAUGUUAUGGAAACGAUUUAAGUGAAAUGUGAAAUAUCAAAGCGACUUCACAUAGUGACCGUUUGUAAACAAAUAUAUUUUCAACAAAAACAAUUUAACAGCAUGCAUUGCGCGGUGUUAUUAUUAUAGUAAUUUAAUAAUUAUAAUAACAAUAAAUAGAUGAUUUUUAUACCCUAAAACAAUAUACACUUAAAGUAUGCUCCCGAAGGAAAUAGUGGGUUUUGUUUUCUUAAGAGUCUGAUUGAGUCUCGAGGGAAAACAAAACUCCCCGAGGUAGUGCACA